AUGCACGGCACGCCCUCCGUCUUUCCUUCUCCUCGGAUGAGCAUGAGCAUGAGCAUGACAGCGUCCCAAAAAGGGCGUCGCUUUCCCCGUCACCACGCACGGCCACGGCCACGGCCACAAACACAAACACACGAGAAGCAAAAGGCGGGAGCCUUGGAAGCGUUCCAACGUACGUACCCCCCACACCACACCAUCGACAUCGAGGAGGCCGCCACGUACCUCGCCCUCCUCCUUCCUCUCUUACAUCUCUCCCUCUCCCACUCCACUGCCUCUCCCUCCCAACCCCCGGUCAAAUCCAUCCUCACUUCCUUCGCACCCAAACCACGCUCGAUCGCCUUUUCCGCUCACACGCCACCCUCCUCUCUUCCCUUCCCCGAGAUCGAUCCGUACUCCGUCGCGUUCCUCCAUCGACCCAUCCUCGCAUCCGAUCCUCGUACGUGCACGGGGUUGGCCCGGGAGAGGGAUCGGGGCAUCGGUACGGUCAAGCGAGCAGGCGUCAUGGGAGGCAGAUGGUCGCCGUCGGCGGGGUGGGGGCCGUGGAGGCCGCGGCUUCUCCUCCUCCUCGUGGCGCUGACGGCGGCGACGGUGGAGGGGAGGUUCGUGGUGGAGAAGAACAGCCUGCGGGUGACGUCGCCGGCGUCGCUGCGGGGCGUGUACGAGUGCGCCAUCGGCAACUUCGGGAUGCCGCAGUACGGGGGCACCAUGCACGGCGUCGUCGUCUACCCCAAGGCCAACGCCAGGGCAUGCAACCCCUUCGCCGACUUCGGCCUCUCCUUCAACCCCAAGGCCGGCGGCCUCCCCGUCUUCCUCCUCGUCGACCGCGGAGACUGCUACUUCACAACCAAGGGAUGGAACGCGCAGACCGCCGGAGCGGCGGCGGUGCUCGUCGCCGACGACAGGGCAGAGCCCCUGAUCACAAUGGACACCCCGGAGUCGAGCGGCAAGGAGCACCUGGAGAACAUCACCGUGCCCUCGGCCCUCGUCUCCAAGCGCUUCGGCGACGACCUCAAGAGCGCGCUCGAGAACGGCGACAUGGUGAACGUGCUCCUGGACUGGCGGGAGUCCCUCCCGCACCCCGACGAGCGCGUGGAGUACGAGUUCUGGACCAACAGCAACGACGAGUGCGGCGCCAAGUGCGACAUGCAGAUGAACUUCGUCCGCGACUUCCGCGGCGUGGCGCAGGUGCUGGAGCAGCGCGGCUACACCCAGUUCGCGCCGCACUACAUCACCUGGUACUGCCCGGAGGCCUUCGUGCUGAGCGCGCAGUGCCGGUCGCAGUGCAUCAACCACGGCCGCUACUGCGCCCCCGACCCGGAGCAGGACUUCACCACCGGGUACGACGGCAAGGACGUCGUCGUCCAGAACUUGAUCCAGAUCUGCCUCUUCAAGGUGGCCAACGAGAGCCGCAAGCCGUGGCUGUGGUGGGACUACGUGCAUGAUUUUGCCAUCAGGUGCCCGAUGAAGGAGAAGAAGUACACCACCGAGUGCGCUCGUGGUGUGAUCAAGUCGCUUGGGAUGGACACUGACAAGAUUACCAAGUGCGUCGGAGACCCCGACGCCGAUGAGGACAAUCCGGUGCUCAAGGCAGAGCAAGAUGCUCAAAUUGGUCAUGGUGCUCGAGGGGAUGUUACCAUACUGCCGACUUUCGUCGUCAAUAACAGACAGUACAGAGGGAAACUGGAUAAAAGGGCGGUGCUACGAGCGAUAUGUUCGGGAUUUGAGGAGACAACUGAACCUGAUAUCUGUUUGACUCAAGACAUACAAACAAACCAGUGCUUGGAAAACAAUGGAGGUUGCUGGCUGGACAAGAACACUAAUUUCACUGCGUGCAAGGAUACCUUCCGUGGUCGAGUUUGUGAGUGCCCGGUUGUGAAUGGUGUAAAGUUUGUCGGCGACGGGUACACCCACUGUGAAGCUUCCGGUGUCGGUCGAUGCCAAAUCAACAAUGGGGGCUGCUGGAAGGAGACCAGGAACGGCAAGUCUGUCUCGGCAUGCUCGAAUGAGCAAACCAAAGGCUGCAAAUGUCCACAAGGCUUCAAGGGUGACGGCGUACACGGUUGCGAAGAUGUUGAUGAAUGCAAAGAGAGGCUCUUCUGCCAGUGCAAGGACUGCAGCUGUGAGAACACAUGGGGAAGCUACGAGUGCGGCUGCGGUGGUAGCAACAUGCUGUACAUGAGAGAGCACGACACUUGCAUCAGCAAAGUGGCGACUUCGUCGGUGGGCUGGGGGUUCCUGUGGGUCAUCUUCUUCGGCCUCGGCUUCGCGGGAGUCGGAGCAUACGCCGUCUACAAAUAUCGGCUACGGAGCUACAUGGAUUCAGAGAUCCGCGCGAUCAUGGCGCAGUACAUGCCGCUGGAGAACCAGGAGACGUCGAGCCACCAACGGCAUGUGGAGCACGCCGACAUCUGAGACGGCCGAGGGUUUUUGCAUACGGAUCGAGCAGCGUCAUAAGAGCCAAAGUCUUUCUCGUCGCAGUCCGUGGUUGGUGGCAUCUCGUCGGGUUUGGAGCUGCAGUUUUGAAUUUCCAGAGGGUUGGUUCGUGGUUAGCGUAUAUGAUCCCGAAAGACGAAAUGCUCUUCUCUUUUUUUCUCUUUCUGAUGACGAAACUUUGAGGACAGGUUUAGGAUCGAUCUCGCCGGAAUUUAGCCGUCAUUUAGUCAUAAUUUCGAUGCUCGUGGUCUUGUUCAGCGUGAUGACAUUGUGUAAAUACUGCUGUUCGUUCGGACUGAAUCGUGUUUGCUGCCCUUUAUAAAGAGACCAGAAGAGCAUCUAGCCUUA